AUGCCAAACUAUUACAAAACUGAAAUGUGGGAUUUGGUACAGGAAAAAUUUGACAUUGACCCAUUCCUUGAACCUUGGAUAUUGAGUUCCUUAAGUAGCAAGUGGAGGAAUUUUAAGUCUUCUGUGAAAAGGGAUUGGUUUCAAUGUAAAGAGCGUGACGAAAGGGUAUCCGAUGAUGAUUGGGCAUGGCUAUUACGAUAUUGGAGCACAGACAAAGCUUUGAAAGAGGAAGUGGUGGGCAAGGAAAAUAGGGACAGAGUGUUAUCAGCACACGCCUUGGGUUCCAAAAGCUAUGCUUGCAAGAGAGACGAGAUGGCAGAAUCUAGGCCGGACAAGUCUGAGCCGACUAGAGCCGAGGUUUAUGUUACUGCUCAUGUGAGCCCGAAUGGGACUCCAUUGAAUGACAAAGUUGCAAAGGUUAUUGAAAGGAUCAACGAAAAGAAAACUCAAAUAGAGCCUUCUCAUCAUGAUAGUCCUGGACCGCGUGACAUACUAUCACAAGCACUCGGAGAGGACAAAUAUCAUCACUCGAGAACAUUUGGAUUAGGUUCAGGUUGGGGCAUGAAGAAUUCUCGUGUGUCAAUAUUAAAGAAAGCAUUAGAGGCUAAAAGAAAUGCAGAAGAGAAUGUGGAAAAGAUGAAAGGAGAGUCGUAUGAGGUGAAAGCGGGAGAAGGAAAAAUCAUGACCUUGCUGCAUAAACUACAUCCAAAUGUGAGCAUUGGUGAAUUGUUAGACUCAACAACACAAGUUACACCAAAUCAAAUUCUUCAAACUUAUCUGCCUCUUUACAAUGACUUAUCAUCUGAAGUGAAUUCUUUUGUUAUAAAAAACACUUCCCAAAGGGUAUGA